GCCAUUCUACAAUUUAGAGGGUCACUGACGUUGUUUAUUCGUCACAUGGGAAUUGCUAAAAAAGUAUUAACAAUUGAGAAUCAUUCAAUACUCAGGGAAAUACUAUUUCGUUUUUUUACUGGCUCAAUAAUAGCUAGUACGUUAACGCACAAGUCCCUCUUACUGAAUAUUCUUAUCCCCCCUCUACCAUAGAUGGUUCAAUCAAUAAUGGAUGCCAGUACAGAGACAUAGCCCACUCUAACCAUCAAGAUGAGUGAGUUGAAGGAUUGCCCGCCUCUAAAGUACUAUGACUUUAAGCCAGUAGAGCAUGUGAAAGUGUGCCCCCGCUACACUGCAGUGCUCGGGCGCUCAGAGGACGAUGGCAUCGGUAUUGAGGAGUUGGACACACUGCAGCUAGAGCUGGAGACUCUCCUGUCCUCUGCCAGCCGUCGUCUUAGAGCUCUUGAGGAACAGAGACAGAUCCUCACAGACUGGCAGGAUAAGAAAGGGGACAAGCGCUUUCUGAAGCUGGGAAAGGAUGCAGACCUUUCAGCUUCAUCACGUCACAAACCUAAGAAGCAGAAACUCGAUGGAAAGGGCAGUCACGGGCCUGGUCCUGGACGACCCAAAUCCAAAAAUCUACAGCCCAAAGUCCAGGAGUACGAGUUAAGUGAGGAUCCACAGGACAUUCCCCGUAAUCCUAAGAACGAUGCCCCUAACAGAUUUUGGGCAUCAGUAGAGCCAUACUGUGCUGACAUCACAAAUGAAGAAAUCCGGGUUCUGGAAGAACUCCUGAAGCCCCCAGAUGAUGAGGCUGAAUACUACAAGAUUCCAGCAUUGGGGAAACAUUUCUCUCAGCGAUGGGCUCAGGAGGAUCUACUGGAGGAACAGAGGGAAGGAGCACGAGCCAACGACAAGAAGAAAAGCCUCAUGGGACCACUAUCUGAACUCGACGCCAAAGAUGUGGAUGCCCUGCUAAAGAAGUCAGAAUCCCAGCACGACCCCCCAGAGGAUGGCUGUCCCUUCGGUCCUCUCACACAGAGGCUCCUUCAGGCUCUUGUCGAGGAGAAUAUCAUAUCACCCAUGGAAGAUUCUCCAGUCCCCGACAUAUCGGGGAAGGAUGGUGGGAACGAUGGGGCUGGGACCUCACCUCGCAACCAGGGCAAAGCUUUUAGUGUUCCUCACACGCGCUCCCUAGAGGCGCGGAUCAAGGAGGAGCUGAUGUCUCAGGGGCUGCUGGAUUCUGAGGAGCGGCCCGGAGCAGGCGGAGACUCAGAGGAUGAGGUGCUGGCUGAGCUCCACAAGAGACAGGCUGAACUCAAAGCCCUGAGCGCCCACAAUAGAUCCCGCAAGCAGGAGCUACUCCGCCUGGCAAAGGAGGAGAUGCGGAAGCAGGAGUUGCGGCAGAGGGUCCGGGUGUCAGAUAAUGAGGUCAUGGAGGGCUUCCGUCGCAUCAUGGCUGCCAGGCAGAAAAAACGCACGCCUACAAAGAAGGAGAAGGAUCAGGCAUGGAAAGCACUGAAGGAGAGAGACAGCAUCCUCAAGCUGCUGGAUGGGUAGAGGGGCAAUAGUUUAGGGUGGGAAUGAGAUGGGAAGGGGUAGUUUUCCAGUCUGCCAAUAAGUAUAUACUGUUGUAUGUGUCUGGGCAUAUGCUUCCAUGCUUUAGUGGCCAUAAGCAUUUAUCACAUUUGUGUUACUUUAUAAAACUCCACAAUGGAAGUACAGUGAAUACCUGCAAUGAUGUAGCAUGAUUGUCAUAGUUGUUGACACGAGAUGUUGAAAAUGGAGGUAUGCAUGUUUUGUAUUGAUAAUUACUGUAUUCUUGUAUGAAUGUGCCAUCUAAACUUUCAGUGUAUAUUCACUAUUGGAACAUCGUCACCAGAAGAGCUUAUGAUAAUUUAAUGUGGUACUCUGUGUGCAUCACUGGCGUUUUUUUGUUUUGUUUUUUAUACUGUUAACUGGUAUUGUUUCCCACUGGCAUUUUCCAAGUGCUGUUGUCGAUUUUGUUGUAAUUUUAUUUUCAACGUUAUAUAGUGCAUUUCUAUUCUCUAGUAUGGAAAAACAAACUAUGAAUGUUUGAAUAAAUAAAUAUCAGAAAAAG